GUGAGCGUCCGAGGAGCCGCACCGCGUCCCGCAUCGCGCCGCUCCGCACCGCCCCGCACGCGCUCAUCCCGGAGCUUGUUGGAUUUUUAUUAGCGCCUUGUUCCCGAGCGGAGGAGCGACACGCGCACGAGUGAGCUCACUGACUCCGCCUUCCACGGCGAGCCCCUCCCCCUCCUCCCUGCCCCCAUCACACAGACCACCAUGGACGGCUUCUACGACCAGCAGGUUCCCUUCAUGGUCCCUGCCAACCAGCAGUCUUGUGUAGACGAGACGCCUCACGUCCGUCCCAUCAGUGAGCGGAAGAGGAAGUUUGUGGACACGGAGCUCGCUCAGGACACUGAAGACCUGUUCCAGGACCUGAGUCAGCUGCAGGAGAUCUGGAUCGCAGAAGCCCAGGUCCCGGAUGACGAGCAGUUUGUUCCAGAUUUCCAGUCAGACAGUUUGAUGUUCCACGGCCCCCCAGCAGUGAAGAUCAAGCGGGAGCUGAGCCCCUCCAGAGCGCCCCCUCCCUGUCAGGACAGUCACAUGCUGUUCGGAGAGAAGUGCCUUUACAGCUACAGUGCCUGUGACAGGAAGCCGCUGACUCCGCCCUCCACGCCCGCCUCCCCCCGCUGCCCCCCCGCCACACACCGUCUGGACGAGCAGACUCCGCCCCCGCCGGUAUCCGCCCAGCAGGGGGUCCACGGCCCGCCCUUCGCCGUGCCGUGUGCGCCGGUUAGCCGGGAUGCUAACGGAGUACCUACUGAACACAGGUUCCAAAGGCAGAUGUCGGAGCCGUGUCUCCCGUUCCCCCCGUUCCUGCCGCCCCGGGGCAGAACGCCGCGGGACGGCCGGCCGCCGUACCACCGCCAGUUGUCGGAACCGCUGGUGGCCCCCCCGCAGCACACAGCGCCCCCACAGCAGGCGGCCCCCCCGCAGCAGGCGUCCCCCCCUCAGGCCUUCAAGCAGGAGCUGGUGGACCCCCGCUACAGCGAGCAGGGCUCCCACGCCAUGGGCCCCCCCGCCCCGCCCCCCCAGGCUGCGUUCCACACCAUGACCAUCAAACAAGAGCCGCGGGACUUCUGCUUCGACUCCGAAGUGCCGAACUGUCAGUCGCUGUUUGGGAGAGCCGGAAGCUUCUACCAAAAUAACCACGAAGGAUUCUUCGACAGAGAUGCUCAGGCAUACCUGGACGACACCUGUGUGGUCCCCGAGCACCUGGAAGGUAAAGUCAAGCAGGAGCCCCCCUCGGCGUUCCGGGACGGCCUCCCGUUCCGGGACGGCCCCCCGUCGCAGCGCCGCGGCUCGCUGCAGCUGUGGCAGUUCCUGGUGACGCUGCUGGACGACCCGGCUAACGGACACUUCAUCGCCUGGACGGGACGCGGCAUGGAGUUCAAACUGAUCGAGCCCGAGGAGGUUGCUCGACGGUGGGGGGUCCAGAAGAACCGACCGGCCAUGAACUACGACAAGCUGAGCCGCUCUCUGCGCUACUACUACGAGAAAGGAAUCAUGCAGAAGGUGGCCGGUGAGCGAUACGUCUAUAAGUUCGUGUGCGACCCCGAGGCGCUCUUCUCCAUGGCGUUCCCAGAGCAGCAGCGGCUCCCGCUGAAGGCGGAGCCCGACGGCGCCACGGCGCCCGACGACGACACGGUGCCACUCAGCCACUACGACGAGGCCACGCCCCUCCUGCUGGACGGCGUCGAGUGUGUGGCCGGACUGCCAUUUCAGGACGCCUACGGAUACUGAGACCAGGCGGGUGGGGGGGUGUCUCAUACGCACACAUGCACACACACACACACACACACACACACACACACACACACACACACACACACACACACUCCUACUGGAUGUCGAUGCCCACUCUUUCAAAUUCAUAGCUGCAGAACUGUUGUGCACUCGCCUGGAGGCGGCGCCCCCUGCCCCGCCCACAAACUGGGAGACCGACAAGCCACGCCCCCUCCACCCACUUCCAUGAUAAUCUUUAAAAACUUUCAAACUGAACUAUGAACAGACUCCGCCCCCUUUUUGUCCAUGUCACCAAACCGCAACACACACACACACACACACACACACACACACUGUUCUCUGUAGAUAGGAUUUCUGAUAUCUACUGUUUCUCGUGUGGUUUCGGACUUGAUGGUCUUCGUGUUCUUUAGUCGUGUUCUUCUUCACUGUAAAGUAAACACAGCCCAACGGGGCCCCGCCCUGCCAUGCCCUGCCCGCACUGGUUACGACUUUGGGCACAAGCCACGCCCCCUUCGCCUUUGCAGAUCAAAUGUGAGCCACAAUCAAAUAUUUGUUACUGAAUUUCACUUUUUAAUGCCGACGUUUGGAGAAUCUCAGAUCUUUGAAGAUCUUUUUUACCACACGUAUCUCUGAACAGCUGUGGACAUUCUGGAAUCACUCCGGACUAACAGCUGGUUCGGAGAUGCUUGCUAGCUCUGGCUAGCGUCAACUACUGAGUGUUUCUUCUGUACCUGGACCUGAUAUCUGGAACAUCUGCAUCAACACAAAGACCAUGUCUAUCUUUAUAUACGAUCUGUGGCUUCUGUGGGAACCAUAACCCCCCCCCCCCCCCCCCCCUCCUCCUCUUCCUCCCCCCGCUUCAUGAUGUUUCAGUUUGGCCGGAGCAUCAGCACGCUGCAUGAAAAACAGACGUGUGUUUGUUUUGUGCGCCUGUGCAGCCAGGAGAGCCAUGCUUGUGUUUUUUGCAUGCUGUGGUCAGCUCCACCUGACAAAUCUGUUUCUGAACCGGGGGUGGGGCGGAGUGGGGGGUGGGGUGGGGGGGGAGACAAACCUCUAUAAAGUUUCUAUUUUUGCAUUCAGACUGCUUUUGUUCAGAGUUGCGUUGAAGCUGUUUCACUGGUUACAGACCUGAUGGGUCUUCCUUGUCCCCCCCUCGUCCUCUGGUCCCUGUCCCCCCCGCUCCCAUUGUCGUCCCACAAUGUUUCUUUAUACUGCUGGCUUGUUGAUAAUC